UAAGCAGUGAGCUGUUCAGAAGUUUGACAAAAGCAGUGGGCAGACAAGCAAAGAGACUGAGAGAAUAUAAGGGAGCGUGACAGGGAAGAAAGAAAAACACUCAGCUCCUGAGACAUACUGCAGACAUGUGGAGGUCAGAGUGUGUGGUCUUGGUCCUCGUCUUGUGUGUGAGAGGGUCUCUUGCACAGCAGAAUGUAUGUGGUCGCCCACCGUUAAACCCUCGUAUUGUGGGUGGGCAGGCUGCAUCUCCAGGGGCCUGGCCGUGGCAGGUUAGUUUACAGAGAUCUGCUUUUGGCCAUUUCUGUGGAGGAUCCCUUAUCAACAAAGACUGGGUUAUGACAGCAGCACACUGUUUCUCCAGCACGAACGUUGCUGGUUUGGAAGUACACUUGGGGAAACAGACUCUGGAGGGCUCUAACCAUCAUCAGGUCAUCAGGAGGGUCACACAGGUGAUUCGUCACCCCAAAUAUGAUAGCAACACCAACGACAACGACAUCACCCUGCUGCGCAUGGACGCAUCUGUCACCUUCACCAACUACAUCAUGCCUGUGUGCCUGGCUGCCACGGGCAGCACCUUCCCUGCUGGCACCAAAAGCUGGAUAACAGGCUGGGGAGAUAUCGCUUCUGGAGUGCCAUUGCCUUAUCCUGAAGAGCUACAGGAAGCACAAGUGCCCAUCGUUGAUAGAAAGCAAUGUGAUAAACAACUGGGCCCUGAAACUGUGACCAAUAACAUGAUCUGUGCUGGAUUAAGACAAGGAGGCAAAGACACCUGCCAGGGGGACUCUGGAGGCCCCAUGGUGAAUAAGAAGGGUACAGUCUGGAUUCAAUCUGGUAUCACUAGCUUUGGUUAUGGCUGUGCUGAGCCCAACUCGCCUGGUGUCUACACUCUGGUGUCUCAGUACCAAGGCUGGAUUUCCAACAUUGUCAAACAAAACCUGCCUGGAUUCAUCAAGUUUACACCUGCACGUUAAGACACGGAUCAAACACUGGAGUGGGGGAGACAAUGAUACAGUGGUGCUGAGCUGAAGCUUUAGUCAGCCCAAAAAAACCUUUUAUAUUAUAUUUAUAGGCACAGAAUGAUACAACCUUCAACUGCAAUGAAGGUCUGAGAAUAUAUUUUUCAGAAAAAUUACUUUGAUAUACAUUAUUGUAUUGAAACUGUGUUGUAAUAUCGAAAUGUAAUGUGAGAACGUGAGACAGCAUGCUACUCAAUGUAAUUUAAUUAAACACUAU